GACAUUCCCUCGGCCACCAUAUGAUCGCAAAUUGAGAAUCAUCAACAUUUUGAUUUAGAGUUUAUUUUAUAUUCUAUUGUUAUUUUUGUACAUAAAUUGUUAUUUUUCGAUAGUUUAUUAUGUUCAAAUCCGGGAAAUCAUCAAUCACUCGGUGGUACACAACUGAGAUCCAAAAUAUAAUGCAUGGUUUUGGUGACUCAUCUCGACCUAUGAUUGAAUCGUCUUUUUUAAUUGAAGAUAUUGUUCAUCAACAGAUGAGCCACUUGCUUAAUGAAGCCAAUAAAAUUGCCUACGUCAGAGGAACCAAAGUGAUCGGUUUGGAGGAAAUCAUUUUUCUCAUGAGAAAGGAUAAAGUAAAAUUGGCUCGAUUAUUACGUUACCUCUCUAUUAAGGAUAUAAAAUCUAAAGCGACAAAAUUCAAUCAUUCUGGUGAAAACUCUGCAGAGAUAGAAUCGUCCAAUUUUCCACAAUCAGAUAAAUCGUCACAGAAUAAUCAACUUUCAUCAAAACGAAUUAAACUUUGUUAUGAGUUUAUUACAUCGAUUGAUCAUACAGGUGAUUUAGUGGCUGCUUUCAAUGAAGAUUUUUUCGAUGAGAUUAGACACCAACGUAAUCUGAGAAUGGAUCGAAUGACCUUCAACAUGACCAAAAUUCAAUAUCUACGAUACAGUGAGGCUCGACAAGCAACUUUCGCCAAUAAAGCAAAACCUAAAAGAUUCAAGGAAUGGCUGCUAAAAAAUGACACUCAAGAUAUUAAACUGAAUCCAUAUGCCUUGGAAAUUUUUCAAUAUUUAGCCUACGAGACAGUUGCUGAGAUUGUUGAUAUCGCACUUUUAGUUAAACAAGAUCGAGAGGUUCAAGAAAAUGAUCCAGUUUCAGGGUUAAUAACAUUCAAGAUGCGGAAUCCAGAUUAUCCUGAUAUAUUUGCUGUUCCAAUCGUAAACAAUCAAAAGAUUAAUUCAACCAAUUCCGAAGAGCCAAGUACAGAUGAAAAUAUUAACUCUGACCAACCAGCGAAAAGAUUGAAAACAAUGACAAACGAAUCAACCAGUGGAUGUAUUACUCCUUGUGAUAUUCGAGAGGCGAUUCGUCGAUUCAAUCAAACUAAAGGUGUUUUCACUAUAAUGGAGCGAUGUUACACUCGACCUCGAAAAGUGAUCUCUUUAUGAAGAAUCAGAAUCCGGAAAUAACCACGGGGGAGGAAUCUGAUUAUAAGUCGGUGUUUCCGUUGUUCGAAUCAAGUAAUUUUCUGAUGAUAUGGAAAAAAAAGAAAA